ACGAAACAGCAAGCAGUAGCAGGCCACUUUUCGAGAGACUCCUUGACCAUCUCGGCAACGUCUUUACCCUUCGCACCUCCAGCUACAAAACCCUUGGUACCGGUCUAUUGACUGUAGAUAAGCUCGCCAUGGUAUAUGCUCUUGCCUGCAUACCAACAACAAAUCGAUUUUCCAUGUAAUGAACUUGAGCUGUGCUAUGCACAGCGGCCAGAAUGGCAGUAAGGCCAAGCAAGUCCGAAGAUGAUGAGAUUGAAGUACUUCGGGCCGCCGGCAACCGCUCGCUCAUCGUUGAUUACAUAAGUUUAUCAGAUCAUUCAAAUCAACCAUGGAGCCCACUGUGAGCAGCACUGCCGAGCUCAGACAAUGGUUCACCACCUAUGGUGGUUUUAUUCACCCGUCCGUAUCUUUGUCUCAAGGCAAAUUUGGACUCUCUGCCAUCGCGCAAGACACUAUCGAUGCUGACACUACGAUCGUAUCUUGCCCAUUUUCGCUGGCCAUCGACGUGGAGUGUUCUCUGCAUGCUCUUACAGCGCUAUUUGGCGAACCGACUCUCCUUGGCCUGCGGUCGUGGUCGGAAAGGCAGCUUAUUUGUACUUACAUAUGCUUACACUGGAUCUUCCCCGAAAGCCAAACUCCUGAUGUUCUUCGACACCUUCCUUACUUGAAAAGCCUCCCACCUGCGGACACACUGCUGACGCCCCUUCAAUUUACACCAUCCGAACUCGAGGCUUUCCGAGGAACUAAUAUCUACGGCGCUACCCGUGAUCGUCAGGAAAGCUGGAAUGCUGAGUGGAAUAAAUGUCAAACCUUUAUCCACGCAAUUGAUCCGGAUUGGGCUGAAAGAUACACCUGGGACAAAUAUCUAAGAGCAUCAACCUAUCUUUCAACCCGCGCAUUUCCAUCCACGCUUCUAUCUCGAUCUCCUACGCUACAGACCACCCCCUCGACUUAUCCAUUCAUGCUUCCGGGCGUGGAUAUCCUCAACCAUUCUCGUGGACAGCCUGUUUCUUGGUGCACAUCAUAUCCGGAAGGAAGUACGGAGGAAAGAGAUGGGUCGGCCACUAUUUCCAUCAUUUCACAUACCACGACGCCUGUUGGUGAAGAAGUCUUCAACAACUAUGGGCUCAAAGCGAACGAUGAGCUGAUUCUCGGAUAUGGCUUCUCGCUCCCACAAAAUCCGGAUGAUAAAAUUACGCUACAGCUAGGUGGGUCCCCUCACAAGUGGGCGAUCGGCCGUCUCGCAAGCGGUGCGGAAGGACUUUGGAAUGAAGUGAGGCAAUUGGUGGCUGAAACCCCAGAGGAGAUAGGGUAUGAAGACGAUUUAGAAGCAGCACAGUUGUUGUUGGAAAUGGUUCAGAAGAAGUACGAUGUACUUCCCGAUCUCCUGGAUGAGAACGCCGCUGCCAUACGCCCAGCGGUGAGACUGAUGCUCAAACAUUACCUAGAAGGACAACGUGACAUUCUUAAUUCAUUGAAAAUACACUUCAAGGAGAGACAAGAAGCCGCGGUAGCGGCCGCAAAGGAUGAAGGCAUUGAAUUAGUAUUUGAUGAUGAAUGAAUACGAAGACCUUCAAAGAGUUUAUCGGGGGCGCACAUCAAAGUCCAGUGUUGUGAGCAUUCAGACCAUGGAUGAUUUCUCGUCAAGUCGCGAGUCUGAAGGAUGCGUAUUUCCAUGGGGCUUAAACGUAAUAUUAGCUUGGUUAUCAUCACGAUACCAAAUGAAAUACCUCCCGAGGAAUAUACCACCAAGUCCAGAUCAUCCCUGCCGGAACGAAUACGCGCGAGUAGGACAACUUGUUGUAGGGCAGUCACAUCAAUCCAUCGAUUCAAGUUGGACCAUAUACAAUGCGCAUUACGUCUCCGUAAUGGUCGCUUUCCUUUCAGUUCCUUGAC